AUGCCGGAUAAGCGACCUCGCAAAGUCCAGCGCGCCUCGCGGGCUUGCGACUUCUGCCACAAGCGGAGCAUACGAUGCAAGCCCAGCCAAGAGGACGCCGAACGAUGCCAGAACUGCGUGGAUUUCGACAUCGCCUGCACAUAUACUCGGCCGUGGAAGCGGGCCAGGACCUCCGUCGCAGGCUCAGAGCUAGCCACAGAACGGGCGCAAGGAUGGGGUGCUGAGCCCAUAAGGCAGAUAAAGGACAACAAGAGCAACAACGCCAGUGCUGUAGAGGAUGCCGAAGGCCAACAAUCGGACCCCGAUGCCGCGUAUUCUGGCCGUAUGGCAAAACAAUACCGCAGGCACGUUGAUGAGCCUCUUGGUCAAGCAUGGAGGGCGUUUGCUAUAGCAAGCGAAUCAACGAUCUGGGCACUGCUCAAUGCCUACCACCGGGUCGUGUAUCCAAUCUUUCCGCUUUUCCACCACGAGACGCUGCUUAAGCGUCUACGCAACCACGACCACCUCAAGGAUCGUGGCUUCUUUGCCUGUGUAAUGGCGGCGUGCGCUUUGGCAUCUGCCCGCGGCCGUGAUGGCGCAUUGGCGGCCUGGCAAGCGGAUAGUGCGCAAUCUAUUCCUGUUCCGUCGGAAACAUUCUAUGCUGCUGCCCGGGACGCAAUACCUAAGGACACUCAUUGCGCCAAUGAAUUCGAGUAUCUAAGGGCCUGUGCCCUUCUGGCGAUAGUCAGUAUUCAGUACGGGAAGAUUGAUGCUGUGCAUGAGCAUCUGGGAAACUACUUUACCCUUUUAGCUACACAGCGUUUCUACGAUGAAUCGCAGUGGCCAGCUCACUUGUCCAGGGUUGAGCGCGAAGAACGGCGGCGUCUAUUUUGGUCAACGUACACCCUGGACGUAUACUCGUCCACCGUCUGGAGUGGCCAGAUGCGCUCAAGAGAGGCGCAUGUGCAAGUACCUUAUCCUAGCGAAGCCGACGACGAAAAGUUAGAAACAUCCGCCAUUGGACUGGUGGACCCCUCGUGCUGGCUUCACGGGUGGAAUUUCACCACAGAUCUAUAUCGGGUCCUCGAACACACCGUCGAUAAGCUGCGCUCACGCCACGCGUUUAGCGGCCCACUACGGCCUAUGCAGGCUGCCUUUGCGACGGACUCGUUUUCGGGCCCUGUAGUUCUACAGUCUGUUCUGGAUGUCUAUGCACGACUCCCUUCGCGAUUCAAAACCAUCCCUUCCGUAACGGGUGAGCAGGCCCACGACAUCUUUGGCUUUCAGGCUGCAAAUAUACAAGCCACCCUCCAGUUACUCCGGAUAGUCUUGUUUUCUGCAGAAGAAAACGUUGACAUGGACCAGAAGUGCAAUGUCGCUGCUGACUUGCUUUCCGUAUUCCAUAAUGCGCCGGUGGCAUAUCUCAAGGCUAUCAGCACUCCGCUGAUCUACCACCUCGGAGGUAUCGGUACGAUACUGGGUUCGGUUAUGGAGGGCCCACUGUCCGAAGCGUCGUACUACCGUGUUCGGGGCAUGCUUCUAUCCAUGGCCGACCUGCUCGAGCAUCUCGAGUCUGGCUUGCACCAUACGGCUGGCAUAAGCCGCGGGCUACGCGCACAAGUCGAUCGUAUCGAGGAGUACAUGUCCUUGCAGCGCGCCAAAGCUAGAGACUCCAAAGUGUUGCAGCCACACGCCAUGGUCAGCGCAGAGACCGCGAUCGGCGCAAACACGUUGCCGAACCUCUCGGCCGCUGCUGCUCCGCCCGACAAUGCCCUCCCGCCGCUGAAUGGAAUCCAGGGAUACUCGGAGUACUCUCCGACCGAGAUCCAACUGCCACCGGAACUGUUCGAAGACUGGCCCUGGCCUUUUGAGUUGAGUGGUCAGGAGUUCGGCUUCUCCUGGCCGGGUGUUGAUCCAUCGGGCUGGGAGAUUACGGUAUGA